UCAGAGAGAUUACUGCCACAGAGUUCUAGGCAAAUCAGGCAGACAGGUUUCUGCGCAUAGCAAAAGACAAUUUAAAGAAAUAUCUUUUUGUGGGGACUGAAUUGCUCUGGGAAAUCUUUUGAAGAGCUGACACUAAUUUGUCUCGGAAUGGAUUUCUUACAACUGCCAGACAGUAUGAUUGAUAAAUCCGCUGUGAAGGACAAACAGCAGGAGGAUUCAGCAGCAGCUAGAGACCCAAGAUGGACACCUGCUGACUUCAGCAUUGUCUACAGCAAAGACCUGCUCCCAGCUUCAGGAGGUGAGGAGAUGACCCUAGGGUUUCUGCAGGAGCUAGUCAAGAUCUUGUUUGGUUAUAUCUGCAAGUCAAGUCAGAGGAGCUCCAAGGUCCUGGACUUCCACCAUCCUCACCAGCUGAAGGAUGGACUGGAGGGCUUCAGUCUGAAUCUGCCAGACCAACCGGAAACUCUGGAACAGAUACUGGUGGACUGUAGGGACACACUCAAGUAUGGCGUCAGUACAGGCCAUCCCCGUUUCUUCAACCAGUUGUCUUCAGGUCUGGAUGUGAUUGGUGUAGCUGGAGAAUGGCUGACCUCUACAGCCAACACUAACAUGUUUACAUAUGAAGUGUCUCCUGUUUUCCUCCUCAUGGAGGAGAUUCUGCUGAGGAAGAUGCAAAGCAUUGUGGGAUGGUCUGACGAUGACGGAGAUGGAAUCUUCUGCCCAGGAGGCACAAUAUCCAACCUGUACAGCAUCUUGUUGGCCAGAUAUCACUUCUACCCCGAGGUGAAAACCAGAGGGAUGGGAGCUCUGCCUCAGCUGGCCCUCUUCACUUCCGAACAUAGUCACUAUUCAGUGAAGAAAUCUGCAGCUGUGCUGGGGAUAGGCAGUGAGAAUGUGGCUGUGGUGAAAUGUGAUGAAAGAGGGAAAAUGAUUCCUGCUGAACUGGAGUCUUCCAUUGUUACAGCUGAAGAAAAGGGUUUGGUUCCAUUCUACGUGAAUGCGACAGCGGGCACCACGGUGUACGGCGCCUUCGAUCCUCUCAAUGACAUCGCAGACAUCUGCCACAGACACACUCUGUGGAUGCAUGUUGAUGCAGCAUGGGGUGGAGGCCUGCUGAUGUCAGACAGACACAGGAUGAAACUACAGGGCAUUGAACGAGCCUGCUCUGUAACGUGGAAUCCUCACAAGAUGAUGGGCGUCCCUCUGCAGUGCUCUGCAAUACUGGUCAAGAAGAAAGGUCUCUUAAAGGAGUGCAAUGAGUUCUGUGCUGAGUACCUUUUCCAGAUGGACAAACCCUACAAUGUGAGCUAUGAUACUGGGGAUAAAAGCAUCCAGUGUGGCCGACAUGUGGAUGCCUUUAAACUCUGGCUCAUGUGGAAGGCAAAGGGCUCAGAGGGUUUCGGAACUCAGGUCAACAAAUGCUUGGAGAAUGCUGAGUAUCUGUACGAUCAACUGCAGAUGAGGACAGACUUUGAGCUGGUCUUCAAGGAUAAACCAGAGCACAGCAAUGUGUGUUUCUGGUACAUCCCCCCCAGUCUGAGAGGCCUGCCACUUGGAACUGAAAGAGACAAAAGACUCCAUCAGGUGGCUCCUCAGAUCAAAGGCAGGAUGAUGGAGAAGGGCUCUGUUCUGAUUGGUUAUCAACCUUUGGGAGACAAAGUCAAUUUCUUCAGAUGUGUGUUCUCCAACCCUGCCACACAGCAAGAGGACAUCGACUUCCUGCUGGACGAGAUUGUCUGGCUGGGCCAUGACCUGUGACCUCUGAUAUGAUUGUUUUGGUUUCAUUUAAUUUUGAAGGAAGUUAGUGUAUCUGACUAUGAUACCAUUGUUGGACUGUGAUAUGAGGCUACAUUGUAUCCAACCUGGGUACACAGUCUAAUGUUGGUGUACAGUGUUUUGACAAUUACUCCCAGCUAAGCUUUACAGCAAUGGUUCCACUCUUUUUCCUUAAGGGAGCCCUUUUCUAUUAAUAAACUGACUCAGUAACAUAUUUUAUGGAUAAUUCAAAUUAUAUACAUUUUAAAAUAAUAACAGUACAGAACAACAGUGAACACAAGAACUCCAGGAAGUGUGUGUAAAACGAGCCAUUUGGAUGAAUUUUGAGCAGAUUAUUUCCUGUGAAUGUUGAUCAGAGAUGAGUUUUCCUGAUAAUUUAACGAUCGUUAAACGAUAUACAAUUCUCUGUAUUAUGUCUCAUAUUAUUCUCUUUAUGUCUUUUUUUUUUAUCUCUGUCAUACAUACUUAAUAGGUUUCUUUUUAAACAAAUUCAUUAGUUUCUUCUCAUUGUUCUAGUAGUUCUUUGGUUUGUUUUAACUUUUCUUAGGGGCCAAUCAUGCUAGAAACGUGUCAACUCCAAAACCAUUUUUCCAUCUGUUUUGAUGCUGUUUACUAUGCAGGUAAAUAGGUUAGCUAGCUAGUUAGCUAGCUGUUUGACUGUGAGAAAACUAUGGACUAGGGGUGUAGUGGAGGGUAAGCUCAAGUAACCUCAGUUAUGCACCUUUUGAAUGAAGCUAGCAUUUACUCAUCUAGAGCUUGACGCCUGCUUCAAUACAUUUUUCCUGUUAUAUUUGAUGUUGGUUUGUGGCUGCACCUGUAACAAUGCGUCUCUGUGUGAUUGGCCCCUAAUGCAGUCUGUUUAUCAAAAAUGUGAAGGCUCUGUGGAUAUAGAUUGUGUCUUUAAAAGCAACAAUUCACAGAAAUGAAUGAAAUGAGAUAAAGGCCUACUGUGUAUUUAAAAGAAAAAGUUUUCUUACACCCCUAAAAAUCAAGAAGGCCUUGCAACCACCUGUGAAGCUUUGGCAACCCCGACUGGGGGACCAGUGCUACAGCCAAUCUGCAGGCCCAUCUGUUGUUAUUUGAGUUAUUAGGGUCAUCUCAGUCAAGUUAAUAUAUCUAUAACUGGAUGUUUAUAUAUAAUAUAUAUAAUAUGGAGCUAUCCAAGGUGGUGAUAUGUUUGUAUUUUUUAAGAUACAGACAAAAUGCAGAAGAUUAUAGAUUGGAUCUUUAAAAUAAUUGUAUUUUUAUUUUUUUAUAUGAUACAAUAUGAUAUGAUAUACAGAUCUGGAUACAGGUCCUCUUUGUCUUGUAUGUCUUACUGACCCUUUAGAUUUUGUGUAGAGCAUUUCAUAAGAUCACCUUGGUUUCUGGAAAUGGUCACUGCUUAUCCUCCAGUCCUUUCCAAACAAACCUCAGCAGCUGGUGUUGUAUAAUGCUGCUACAAGUACAAACAACAACAGAUGUUAUAUGCUCUAUAGGUGUAAUUAUGUACCUGAGUGAUUGUACCUUCAGAUUUUUUUUUUUUUAAUUUGAAAUGAGAAAACCAAAAUCGGCAAAGGAGCUUUUUCCUGACUACCAUUUAUUAAUAUAUAAACGAAAAAGCGACACAUUGUCUGCUUUUAUUUUGGUGUUCUGUUAUUCUUUUCUUUUUUGAUGGUUUUCAUUGCUAUUCACUUCUUUACAUGUCACAAUAUAACCUUAAACUUUGAAAAAAAAAGUUAUUGAAAAAAAGGUAAAUGGGAAUUGCAAUUUGCAUUCCAUGUCACUUUUUGUUCUAAUUUAAGUCCAGAUAUAAUUAUAUAGUGUGUUAGGCAGGGUUCUAAAUUAACUUUUUUGAUUACCAGCCAAUUUGAAUCAGAAUUUCCACUAGCCAAAUUUUUCUCCCAGCAAGGCUCUCUUCAAUACGACCUGUUUCGGCAGAUUUAAUCCUGAAGCUCUCCUGAUGACUCCGGGCACUCUCAUGGUCCUUUACAGCCUCGACUUUCAAAUUAUUGGUUCCAACCACGAAAUUGUUUGUUUUGUUUUUUUCUUUUGCGUAUAUGCGGCAGUCCUUACAAAACAUGACGACAUUUUCGUGAUCAAACACAAGCCAUUCACGACCCGUCAGCCAUUUGGCAUUGAACUUUCUUUUUUUCGUUUCGCACGCAUUGUUGUUGAUAUUCUCAACCUCAUCCCCUGCCUCCUUCCUCUUCUCGCCCCCAGACGUCUGUCCAACCAACCACCGCCGCAUUUAGUUUAAGUUUAGGCUACUUUUUAAUUUACUUUAGCUAGCUCCCUCCCUUCUUUUUAUAGUUUCUGCUCCGUUCAUUCAUUCAUUCUUUUUCUUCUUCUUCUUCUUCUUCUUCUUCUUUAUAUUCUUCUAUAUAUUGCACUAACUUCACGCAGCCAAUGGGCAUCUUAUACGUCAUCACGUAGCAUCACGACAGCGUUUAUGGGAAAUGUAGUCAGUACUGCCCAGGGAGCAAGAACAGUAGAGCGGCUCUGACUGACAUGAUUGCCUCAUGCAUCACCGGCCAAACUGGCUAGUAAGUUUUUAUUAACACCCGCCAAAAUGAUUUUUAAUCUGCAUUUGGCGGGUUGGCGGGUGUUAAUUUAGAACCCUGGUGUUAGGUUAUUAUUUAUCUCUACUUGAGUAUAAUUAUGUACUGAAAUACUGCAAAUUCUGAUUGUGGACAUGCAAUGCCAAUGUUACUUUUUAGUUGUGUUUUCAAUGCCAUUUUAUUUUUGAUGCCAACUGUUCUACCUCCAUAGAAAUGCACCCCCUGCUAUCUCCCACAAGUGUCAAAUAUGCAACUAAUCUGCUUCAGUCCUGUAACUAUACUCUCAAAAGUAUUUCAGUCAAACAGGACCAGGGAUUUCUUCGUCUUCUGGUCGUCUGGUUUGGUUAUUCCUACCUGGGGUAUUAAACCCCAUCCAUUUCCAGUACACAAGCCUCUCCACCACAUCAAGGUUGCAGCCCAGGAAAAUUAGAAGGAGAAAGUUGAGUUAGAUUGGACACACCCUCAGACAAUCUGCCACAAACAUCAACUGACAAGCCCGGAAAUGGAGCCCACAAUUAGUUUCACUAUAUCCUGACAUCUGAUAUCCUAGCAGUAGAAUCCACCAGGCCUGAAUGAAAAACAACCAAUCAGAGCCAAGAAAGAUAGUUGAUUGUUGAGUCUCAUUCCUAGGUAGUCAGACGUCGACUCUGGGAAUGAGACUCAAUAAUCGACUUAAUUCAAGCCUCCAACCCAAUGCGCCUUUUCAUCGUUCUUGGCUCUGAUUGGUUGUUUUCGUUUAGGCCCGAUGGAUUCUUGCAAAUACCAUUAGGAGCACUAGGAAGAGCCAGAGCAACCUGACUUUUUCAAAAUGAUCUGUCUCAUGUACUACUGUCAGGAUAUAGUGAAAGUUUCAGCAAAUAUAUCAAAAAGUUAUCUUUAUAAGCUGCUAUAUCACUACCCUCUCAUCUUGAGUUAUGUAAGUAACACUGAGGCCUCCUGUAUUACUGAAUGUCAGUGUACCAUUAGAACAUUAGAUGGAGCCAAACUGCAGUCAGACAAUCAGUCAGUUCUUCUGAAAUCUUCUAUUCAGACAUUGUCUGGACACGUGUUUUUAGUGCUAUAGUUUCUGCACCUGUUCAGUAAACCCACCUGUUCCCAAAA